AUGGCAGAGGUUGAUACGCCUUCUUCACCAACUGUUCCAGCUCCACCAUCGGUGGCCGAGAUACAGAGUAUCGUGAAUAUGGAUCAAGGAGCAAGCCAACUUGCAGUCAAAGUACUCCAAGCCUUACCCGAGAAGCCAUUAAUGUAUAGAUCGAAACCCCGAGUUGGCCUUGACGAGGACUGGUUGGCUAGUAUUGGUGAUAGACUCCUAACUAGUACCUGGGAGACAUUCGGGUCUUACCUUAGUGACAGAGAAAACACCGCAAAGUUGCGCGAGAUGGGGAGUAGAAUAUGCAUCAACACACGAAAGACGCUGCGGGAGGAUCAAGAUGACCCGUCUACGUGGAUCGAAAGCUUUUCUGGCGCCAAUCUAAGAUGGGAGGCUGUUGGCGUCAUGUUUCUUUACACAGCUCUUAAAUCGGUCCUGCUGUCGGACAAAGCAGCCUUCCAGAGGCAGUCUCAACAUCUCGACCAAGAUGGCUGGAACGUGGAUGGGAGAAUCUACUCAAGCUCUCUUUUGCGUGUUCGUAUGAUGAUCGCUCUGCUCAGAGACCAAAUCCGUGAAGUUGCAUUCGCUCACGAUGGUGAAUACGACAUUACAGAUAUGAGGCGACUGAAAGCGAAACAGCUUAAUCUCUACAAGCAGCUUCCCCAACAUCUUGUAUGGGAUGCUACUGCGGAGGAAAUAAGCGAAAUAGAUCUUGAGAUAGACUAUCCUAGGCUGCUGAUACGACUAGACCAUUUGCUGAACAUGUUCCUCGUUGAGCGACUGUUGGUCAAGCACGGCCAAGCAAGAAAUGAGCUUUUGCGAACCAGUUUCGAGAUGGUGAUUUUGACGCUCAGCUUUUGGGCUCAGAAGCACAUCUGGGCUGCUUUGCAAGGCAAAUGCAGGUGGAUAAUCAUGGGAUACGCUACCCUCGCUGGGGCCAUCCUGUGCAUGGAACUCAUAGACCCCGUCGCACCGGUCGUAGAGCUUGGAGAAUUGGAUUUUGCUGGCGGUUGGGAUCACUUUUCGUCCUUUAGUAUGCUGGAUAACUUUGACUGGCUUAUGGAGGAGCGUGGGAUUGAGGAGACCUCUGGCCUGCUCUAUCGGCCUCUCAUCAUAACACACCAACAAUUCUCUGGCUCUCUCAGCAUUCCAUCUUACACUUUGAACAUCUCUAAAAACAUGUCUCUCCCCAAGACCUAUAAAGCUGCAUCCUUCGAUGAGAGUGGAUCAGAGCUAAUCCUCAAAGAAGUCGAGCUUCAACAACCUGGCCCAGGCUUCAUCUUGGCCAAGGUCCUUGCAUGCGGAGUCUGCCACUCUGACUCGUGGGUACAGCAAGGUCGCUUUGGAGAUUUAUUUCCUCGCGUACCGGGUCAUGAACUCGUUGGAGACGUCGUUGCUGUCGGUGACGGAGUAAGCAAAUUUACAGUUGGUGAACGUGUUGGUGGUGCCUGGCAUGGCGGCCACGAUGGAACAUGCCGCUCUUGCCAAACUGGAUCAUUCCAACUGUGCGACAACGGUGUCAUUAACGGCGUGACUAUGGAUGGUGGUUACGCCGAAUACGUCCUGCUUCACGCCGAAGCUGCCGUCCGAAUCCCCUCCGAUGCAGACCCUGCCGAAGUCGCUCCCCUCCUCUGCGCCGGAGUCACCGUCUUCAAUGCCAUUCGCAGGAUCGGCGUCCUCCAAGGUGGUCUGGUAGCUGUCCAAGGCCUAGGAGGACUCGGCCAUCUGGCACUUCAGUACGCUUCCAAGAUGGGAUACACCGUCGUUGCCAUGAGCGCCGGAAGUGAGAAGAAAGACUUUGCGAUACAGCUAGGUGCCCAUCAUUACAUCGACUCCAGCAAACAAGAUCCCUGCGAGACGUUGCAGAAGCUUGGAGGGGCUAACAUGAUCUUGUCAACGGCCCCGAAUGCAGAGGCAGUCAGUCCUCUCACAGCAGGCCUUGCGGCUCUUGGUAAGCUGGUCGUUCUCUCACCUCUGGGCCCGGUCGAGUUCAAUACGGUCGAUAUGAUCAUGAAGAAUAUCAGUGUGCAUGGAUGGAACACGGGACAUCAGCAAGAUUCGGAGGAUGCUAUCGCGUUUGCGCAUACGCAUGGUAUCAAGUGCAUCAUUGAGAAGUUUGACUUUGAUACUCAGUACCGAGAGGCUUUUGAGAAGAUGGAGAGUGGCAAGAAAAGGGAGGAUCGCGAUGGUGCGAUCCAAAGCUGCGAGGCUCAACUCACCGCCGUCAGUGAUGAGAGCGUUGUGCCAGAACAUGCCGAUAUUUCUUCACUUCUCGAACAACUGAGAACGGGCAAGAUAACAGCGGAGAAAUUGGUCUCUGUGACGAUCCGCAGAGCCAUCGCUUCACACAAUGAGACAAACUGCCUCAGCGAACCUCUUUUCGAAAAUGCACUUGAACGCGCAAAGUAUCUCGAUGAGUACUUCCAGAAACACCAGCAGCUCAUCGGUCCUCUCCACGGCAUUCCAGUCUCAGUAAAAGACCAGUUCAACAUCGCUGGUGUCGAUACCACGUUAGGCUAUGUCGGGCGAUCUUUCAAGCCCGCCCGCGACAAUGCAGUUAUGGUGACCCUUCUAGAGAAGCUUGGCGCAGUCAUCAUAACAAAGACCGUUAUCCCUCAGAGCAUCAUGUAUGGCGAGACUGAAAGUCCUCUCUGGGGACUGACUACAUAUCCUGGCAGACCCGAGCUUUCACCAGGCGGUUCAUCAGGUGGAGAGGCUACUCUGAUGCGAAUGUCUGGAUCACUUGGGGGCUGGGCAACUGACAUUGGAGGCUCAAUUCGCGUCCCAAGUCACCUCUGCGGUCUUUUUGGGCUGAAGCCUUCGUCUGGUCGGUUUUCCUACUCCGGUGCGGCGAACUCUCAUGAGGGACAGUCUCAUGUUCCUUCAUCAAUUGGUCCCAUGAGUCCGUCGCUUGCGAACCUCAUCACCUUGACCAAGGAAUGUCUACUCGCAGAACCAUGGAAGAUUGACCCAAAUGUCGUCCCGAUUCCAUGGCGAGAGGCCGAUUUCGAGGGCGUGCAGGAACGGAAACUCACCAUCGGUGUCAUUUUAGAUGAUGGAGUCGUGAGACCUCAUCCUGAAAUCCAAGAAGCGGUCCGCCGUGCAGUGGCAAUCUUGAAAAAGGCUGGUCAUAAAAUCAUUCCGUGGAGUACAGCAGACCACUCAAGCUGUAUCGAGAUCCAGGACCAGUUCUACCGUGCAGAUGGUGGAGAGGAUAUCAAGACUGAAGUCGCUGUUGCAGGCGAACCGAUGAUUGCCCAUGUGGAGGCGCUCGUCAACUCAUCCAAACCAAUAUCGGUGUAUGAGUACUGGCAACUCAACCGCCGAAAGACAGCAGCACAGGAGGCUUACAAUAAAAAAUGGACGACGACUGCUGGAUUAGAGGAUGGAGAAAGCGUCGACGUUAUAAUCAGUCCUGUGUCGCCUCAUACAGCUGUUCCGCAUAGGUCAAGCAGAUGGACUGGCUACGCCAAGAUAUGGAACUUUCUCGACUACACAGCUAUGUCAUUCCCAUUUGCAAAACUUGGAAGCUCUAAGGAUCCGACAUCGUCUGACAUAUACGUCGCUGCAGCUGAUGAAGCGCGCCAUAAUUAUCUACACGAGUAUGCGCCGCGUAAUGCGAUCGAUGAGUGGAUACGGGGCCUUUACGAUCCUGAAGCAAUGGAAGGGCUUGAUAUUGGAGUACAGAUCAUUGGAAGGAGGUAUGAAGAGGAAAAGGUGUUGGGCGUGGCAUCACUGUUAGAAAAGCUCCACCGAGCUUGA